CUCAAGUUGUGUCGUGUCACUCCACUCCACAAUUCCCUUUCCAUUCUAUCCUUGCCCGUGAUCGAUCGAUCGAUCGAUCCUCCUUAAAUUCCCCCUCCCUUUUCGCCUGCUCUCGCGCACCAAAACCCCCCGCGCCACGCCUGUCCAGCAGUCCAGCUACCCGGCCGACUGUUCAAUCGCCACGCCGGCCGGCGCGGCAUUAAUAACUAGCUGUGCUGGCAUCGGCGCCGCUGCAGUGCGCCGUUUCCACCCGCGAUGUCCGCGCCACGCGCCCGGCUCCUCGCCUGCAUUGGCAUUGCCGUGGCCACGGCGCUCGCCGUCGUGCUGCCAGACGGCGUGGCGGGACACACGCGGGGCGUGCGGCCGGGGGAGGUGGCGAAGAACCAGCCGCCGUUCCCGGAGAACGCGACGCGGGCGGAGGAGCUGGAGCGGCUCUUCUUGCGGUGGGUGCGCUACGUCGGCGGCCUCCAGCACACCACGUUCCGGCACGCGCCGCUCGCCCGCGUGUUCCCUUCCUACUCGCUCGUCGUCGACAAGAACCCUUCGUCCGGCGACUUCACGUCCAUCCAGGCCGCCGUCGACUCUCUCCCGCCCAUCAACCUCGUCCGCGUCGUCAUCAAGGUCAACGCCGGCACCUACACGGAGAAGGUGAACAUAUCGCCGAUGCGCGCCUUCAUCACCCUGGAGGGCGCCGGCGCCGACAGGACGGUCGUGCAGUGGGGCGACACCGCCGAUACGCCGGCCGGGCCGAGGGGCCGCCCCCUCGGCACGUACGGCUCCGCGUCGUUCGCCGUGAACGCGCAGUACUUCCUCGCCAGGAACAUCACUUUCAAGAACACGUCGCCGGUGCCGAAGGCGGGGGCGUCGGGGAAGCAGGCGGUGGCUCUGCGGGUGUCGGCGGACAACGCGGCGUUCGUCGGGUGCAAGUUCCUGGGCGCGCAGGACACGCUCUACGAUCACACGGGACGGCACUACUACAAGGACUGCUACAUCGAAGGCUCCAUUGACUUCAUCUUCGGCAAUGCGCUCUCGCUCUACGAGGGUUGCCACGUGCACGCGAUCGCGCGGGACUACGGCGCGCUGACGGCGCAGAACCGGCAGAGCAUGCUGGAGGACACGGGGUUCUCCUUCGUCAACUGCCGGGUGACGGGGUCCGGAGCGCUCUACCUCGGCCGCGCCUGGGGCACCUUCUCCCGCGUCGUCUUCGCCUACACUUACAUGGACGACAUCAUCAUCCCCCGUGGCUGGUACAACUGGGGCGACCCCAGCCGCGAGCUGACGGUGUUCUACGGGCAGUACAAGUGCACGGGUCCCGGCGCGAGCUACUCCGGCAGGGUGUCGUGGUCGCGCGAGCUCACCGACGAGGAGGCCAAGCCCUUCAUCUCGCUCAGCUUCAUCGACGGCACGGAGUGGGUCAGAUUGUGAGACCGGGCUCGAUAUAGCUGUCGUAACACACACGGCCCGCACAUCAUCAUGUAAAAAAGGAAGGACAAAAGUUAACAGAGGGAAGUUAUACAGACUCGUUUAUUCGGGGUCGGCUUUUUGGCGAUUGUGUUUCUUCA